AUGGCCUCUCAAACAUCCGACCCCCAAACAAACGGCGUGCCCGCCUCGUCAGGCGCCUCCAGCUCCCAAACCGCCAACAACACCCAAGCCACAGCAGCGACCGCAACCACAGGCUCGCAGCCCCCCUCCCAGUCCCAACCGACGCAGUCCACACAAACCCAGCAGACGCAACAACCAAACGGCCAACAACCGGCCGCCCCCCAACAACAGCAGCAGCAACAACAAUCGUCCUCCUCAAAUCCCCUCGGCGCGCAGGCCCCGCGGCCCCGCGACUCGCGCAUGAUCGAGCUCCUCCUGACCUCCCAGGGCGUCACGUCGUACGAGUCCCGCGUGCCCCUCCUCCUCCUCGACUUCGCCUACCGCCACACCUCGAGCAUCCUCAGCGACGCCAUCUACCUCUCCGCCGACCCCUACACCUCUCACGCGGGCUCCAAGCCCUCGGCCUCGGCCGGCGCCACCGCCGCCUCCAUCCCGGGCUCCGGCGACGCCGCCGUGAGCGCCAACGCCGUCAAGCUCGCCAUCUCGUCCCGCCUGGGUUACCAGUUCCGCGGCGGGGGCGGCGCCGGCGGCGUGUCCAAGGACUGGCUGCAGGAGCUGGCGCGCGAGCGCAACAAGACGGCGCUGCCCAAGGUCGCACAGAACGAGUGGGGCCUGCGGCUGCCCAGCGAGCGCUUCGUCCUCAGCGGCGUGAGCUGGGGUCUGAAGGACGUGUGGGAGGAGGCCGGGAUCGACGAGGACGACGAGGACGAGGACGAGCAGGACGUCGGCGGCGCCAUGGAGGGCAUCGAGACCACGAACCAGAACACGGCCGACGAGGACAUUGGCGGGGACGGCGUCGAGGGCGGCACGAUGGAGGACGUGUUCGGCAAGGAUGUGGACGAGGACGCGGCUAUGGGAGGAACGGCCUAG